CUUGUCGUCAAGCACAUGCACGAUGCUUCUCUCCCUCUCAGCUACCUCUCAAGAAACUUCGCUCCCCUCCGGGAUGAAACUCCUCCCACCAAGGAUCUUCCCGUUCAUGGAACUCUUCCAGGAUGCUUGAAUGGUGAAUUUUUGAGGAUUGGUCCAAAUCCCAAGUUUGUUCCUCUGGCCGGAUAUCACUGGGUUGAUGGUGAUGGGAUGAUACAUGGGGUACGCAUCAAGGAUGGGAAAGCAGCUUAUGUUUCACGAUAUGUUAGGACAUCACGUCUUAAGCAAGAGGAGUUUUUCGGAGCUGCCAAAUUCAUGAAGAUUGGGGACCUAAAGGGGGUUUUCGGAUUACUUACGACCAUUAUGCAACAAGUGAGAAAUAAUCUGAAAGUAUUGGAUAAUUCUUACGGAGAUGGAACUGCUAAUACAUCACUCAUAUACCACCAUGGAAAACUUCUAGCGUUACAUGAGGCAGAUAAGCCAUAUGUCGUCAAAGUUUUAGAAGAUGGAGACCUGAAAACUCUUGGAAUGAUAGAUUAUGACAAGAGAUUGACACACUCCUUCACUGCUCACCCAAAAGUUGACCCGGUCACGGGUGAAAUGUUUACAUUCGGCUAUUCGGUUAUACCGCCUUAUCUCACAUACAGAGUGAUCUCGAAAAAUGGCAUUAUGCAUGAUCCAGUCACAAUUACUAUAUCAGAGCCAAUCAUGAUGCAUGAUUUUGCUAUCACUAAGAAUUAUGCAAUUUUCAUGGAUCUUCCUAUGCUCUUAAAGCCAAAGGAAAUGGUGAAGGAGAACAAAAUGAUAAUCUCAUUUGAUCCCACAAAAAAGGCUCGUUUUGGUGUUCUUCCACGCUAUGCCAAGGAUGACCUCAUGAUUAGAUGGUUUGAGCUUCCCAACUGCUAUAUAUCUCACACUGCCAAUGCUUGGGAAGAAGAUGAUGAAGUCGUCCUCAUCACUUGUCGUCUUGAGAAUCCAAAUAUUGACAUGGUCGGCGGAUAUGUAAAAGAAAAACUUGAAAUUUGUAGUAGCGAACUGUACGAAAUCAGAUUCAACAUGAAAACGGGCUCAGCCUCUCAAAAAAAACUAUCAGCAUCUCCAAUUGAAUUUCCCAAAAUCAACGAGUUUUAUACUUUGAAGAAACAUAGAUAUGUAUAUGGAACAAUACUAGAUAAUAGUGCAGUAUUAAAGGUUAUAGGAGUUAUCAAGUUUGAUCUGCAUGCCGAAGCCGAGGAAGGGAAAAAAAUGCUGGAAGUAGGGGGAAAUAUCAAAGGAAUAUAUGAGCUCGGACAAGGCAGAUAUGGUUCAGAGGCUGUAUAUGUCCCGCGCGGGGCAGCAGAAGAAGAAGAUGAUGGUUACUUGUUAUUCUUUGUUCAUGAUGAAAACUCUGGGAAAUCAUGUCUGAAGGUGAUAGACGCAAAAACAAUGUCUGAUGAGACUGUGGCAGUAGUGGAGCUACCGCAUAGGGUCCCGUAUGGCUUCCAUGCCUUUUUUCUUACAGAGGAACAACUCCUGAAGCAGACUAUUACAUAA